AUGACCGCACCACCGCAGGAGAUCGUGCUAGCAUACCGCCACCUCUACCAGCACCUUCUCAGAGCUGUGCAAUACUCGAAGCCGGCUCGCUACAUCGUUCGAGACCAGCUCAGGAAUGCCUUUCGAAGACCAGCCCCCGAGCAAUACGACAAGGCAGUCAUCUGCAACACUCUGCUAUUCCUGGACAAUGCCGCAAAGAGUAGAGGCCCGGAGCACAUCAUCUUGAAGAAUCUGGUUCAUGUGCAAUGGGGCCGACGGCAGCUUAAAGCCAUAGAUGGUCGCAAAGCCGACAUGGCCAUUCGACGAAAGGCGUACGUGCAGUUCGAUCGCACAGUCGAAAGUCUAAACGCUACUAUGGGUAUAUGCCUCAACUGA